UCCUUCCAAAAAGGUCUCUGUCGCCGGCGCCUUGGCGGACCCUUGUUGAUGUAGGAACUCUGAAACUUGUAUCUCAGACUGUCUUCGAGUCAUUACCCCUAUUCUGAACACUUGCUUCGAACGUACCACCAUUCGUCUUCUGUAUUCCUUCGAUCUACUGGCUUUUCUGGCUUUGAGUACAGAACUCUUCAAAUUGCUGGACCAACCGAAUGUCAUCAAGUCGCCGUAAACUGCGAACUGUAAACAUUGGUGUCAAAAUGACGGAACAGCCUGGUGCAUCUCCAAAAAACCAGUUCCUCGGGGUUCUUAGUCGAAAGCGGAAGUUAAACUCACUAGACGACAAAUUGGGAGAAGACCCGUUACCACUACUUGAAGCUUCCAAAAUCGAGUUUGCGUCGGACCUGAUCAUCAAAUAUUUACAUGACGCUAUUAAUGACAAGCUGCAGUGUUGCGAUGACGAUAUACAGGCUCAGGCUCGCUAUCGAAGUGCUCUCCUCGGAUGCCUCUACUCCAAUAUUAUUCACCUCCUAUUUACCUCACACAAUCGACCAACAGCCCGUGCAUUAGACCUCGUGGUGGCAUGUUAUAGGGAAAAGAAUUAUCACCCACUUAUAAAAUAUGAAUUGUCACGCGGGAGAUCUUUCAGAGAUGAUUUGUUUGAGCGAGACCGGACUGUUACUGAUGCACAGAGCUCAAAGGAGCUCUUUGCUAAGGUGGAGUCGGUAAUCAGCACCUUCUCUCCCGUCCUCAAAGAUUAUGCCAGGGGUGCACUGGACUACCAGUUUUUCCCGAGGCAUGAGGGCAAAUCCUUUCACGCUGAUGUUCAUAACGCUGCUGCAGAGACUGUACACCUGCUUCUAUCUGGACUCGGUGACCCGGAGAGAGGAUCACUGACAGAUUGGCGACGGAUUUACAAGAGUGAUGAGCCCUCUUGCUCUUUCUUCACGACGUACGUUGUUGACCUGCCUGGAUACGGCAAGACGCGCCUUUUGUUUGAAGGCGUCCUUGAAUUUUUCGCGAUAUACUUUUCUUGUUCCAAGGAAGAACUAACUUGGGCCACCGGGUCGGGGGAUGUCGCAUGGGUGCUGAAAACGAUAUCCGAGAUACGCAAUCUUGACCUCGAGACUUGGCAGAAGGAUGGAAUCGAAAAACGGACAUUUUACAUGCUCCUAUACUCACGACUAGCUGUCCUUCGCCAUUUCCUGCGUUAUCUUCUCGACUUUGACAUAUCACCUCUUGACGCUCGUCGAAGGCUCCUCCUCCAAGCAUGCCCUCCAUGCUCGUCCGAUAACACUGAUAUCUUCCUCGAAGUCACCAAAAUUGCACACCUGUGUAGUACAGAGGUCUUAGCAAAGCAGACAGAGCUUGCGCUCCAAGAUUGCAACGGCUCCGUUGCGCAGCUGCUGAAGAAGCAUGCCUCUUCUGAUUGUCCUAAGCUUCAUGUCCUCAUUGAUGAGGUUCAAGUGGUGGCUCAGAAGUAUAAAGCUCUAUCAAAUUUAUGGAAGAAUCCCGUCCUGGUUGCUUUUGUAGAGCUUGUCCAAGAAGUUAUACAUCCUCGAAGCAUCAUCGCCGGUGCAUCUGGACUUCCUGUCGAUGAUAUCCACUUGGUACCACUUUACUCCUCCGGCAUAAAAUUCAGAACGGGAGACGCUUCCGUAACGACAACGAGGAUAUGGCCAGAUGGUUCUGACAAGAAUGGAGGAGAUGGGAAGAUGUUUUGCGAUUGGAUCUUAGAUCACUUGCCGGAGCUGGUUGAUGUUCCAGGGCUGCUGGAUCGCAUCCAAAAGUGGUUGCCCUCUCGACCGCGGCUCAUCGCCGAGCUCCUGGAGAUGUAUAUGCAAGCUGAACAACGGUUUGGCGAUCGCACCAAGAUCCCCUACCACAGGAUCCUCUCCCAAGCCUUUUGUGCAUCGACGGGAUUCCGGCCAAUGGAUGGUGUCAUCUAUGAAGGCAUGGAGGAGGACCUAUCUGAAGCAAUGACUGGAUUGUCCUUCCAGUGUGGUAUCAUGACUAUGCAUGAGCGACUCAAGCGGGACGGUCUUGAACAAGAUACCAGACUAUUGCAACUGUCGUCGAAAAUGUUGUAUUCCUGGAUCCUCUCAAGCAAAGAUAGCUCGAACCUAGAGCUCGACAGUUACUCCGUGGUGAAGCUGAUUGAUAUUGGACUCACGCCCCUUCCCUCCCUCCCUGCUCGGAAUCCAACCUCUUUCAGAUGUAACGCGGGGAAGACUGUUGCAAUGACUGAGCCGUUCAGUUCAUUAUCGUAUAUGGCACUCCUCUCCUCAACGAACAGGGAUGUCUUUAAAAAAUAUAUGGUAGAAGCCUUGCUAUAUAUCUCGGACAAAGCUUCUUUGUUUGAAAACCUCACGGUGUUUGUUCUGAUGGAGAACCUGGGAAAGCCAGAUGGGUGCUGUCUGUCAGAUGUCAUCUGUUUCAAGAAUCCUGCUCCUUCCUGGGCCGCAUCUCGAUACCGGCUCAUUGCAUUAGUAAAGGACGAGUCGGAUGGUACAUUUACGAGUGUUCCUGUCAUUUGGAACUCUGGCGCCUCGCCCCGACUCGGCUUCAAACCCGCCAAGCCAGAAGAAUUUCACCAAUGGCUUGUCGACCCUCAUGGGAUUCCGUUUAUAUUCCCAGAUGUUCACCACGGAGCAGAAGGAUUUGCAGUUCUGGAAAAUACGGUAACCAAAGAGCGGGUUUUCCUUGCUGUGCAGAAUAAAGUUGCACAGAACGAACCUUUUCUUGACACGAAUAAUGUGCUUCAAAACUCAUAUGAGCUAGAAUGCAAGCCACCUGCUGACACCCAUAUGCUUGAAAUAUGGCCUACGCUUACCUCAGAUAUUUCUCAAACUGAACAGGUCAUAAUCGAGAACGAGAAAUUUUUAGAGGGCGUGAAGGAAAGAGAGGGCCCAAGGGUGAUUCACGUCGUCGCGACUAUCCACGAUGACGCCGAAUAUCAGUGGGCACUCGACAGAUACAAUUCCUCUACUUUGGGUGUUCUCCGCCUGAAUGCCAUCUCUGCCUAUAACAAACACAUCAUAUCGCAACUACGUCGGAUGGCAGAUGACUUUUACUCAACUGCCAUUGACCUUGACGACGUCCAGUUUGCCUCAGAAUGA